AUGAACUUGAAGGAAUGGCGGCCGGCCUUGUUCAUGGUACUGGUCCAAAUUUUCACAAGCGGUCAGGUGUUGCUCACCAAGGUGGUGGUGGACGGCGGGUCAUUCGUGUGGACCUUGCUCACCUAUCGCUUCUUCCUUGGCGCCAUCUUGGCUCUCCCCUUGGCUAUGUUCUUUGAGAAAUUCACAAUUCCUGGUUUGUACUACAUUGCCCUCGGAGAUACAUCGCCGGGAUACGCAAUAAACUUCUAUAACAUCAUCCCGAUCGCCACGUUCAUACUCGCGGUCCUUUUCAGGAAGGAACCACUAGACAUGAGGAGCCUGGUGGGGAACAUAAAGAUUGCCGGAACCCUAGUCUGUGUUGGAGGCACAUUGGUGAUCAGCCUAUACAAGGGUAAGGAGCUGCACCUCUGGCCAACCAACAUCGUUGGCUACCACCCUAAGCAAGCAGGAACUGCGUUUGGGCACCACCAUGUGCGUGGAACCGUCUUGCUCAUCACCACCUGCCUCGGCAUCGCCAUCUGGUACACAAUGCAGGCGAUACUCAAUACUACUGCCAAGUUUGUGAUGAUUUCGUGGGUCGUCACGCAGCGCGGUCCAACCUACCCAUCCAUGUUUGGUGCCGUGUCCGUGUUCUUCACUACUGUUCUUGACUCGCUACUUCUUGGCCAUGAUCUGUCUGUUGGGAGUAUCCUCGGUAUCUUUAUGAUUCUAGCAGGGCUCUACCUUUUCCUAUGGGGAAAGAGAAAAGAAUCUGUGUCUCCGGGUGAAGAAAACCCGAAGGAAGAAAUGCAGUUUCAGAGUGGAAAUGAGAACAACAAAUCGGUAUCCAACGUAUGA